AUGGUGCUGUGGACCCUUUCCCGGAACCCCGGACCCCCCCGGUCUCCAUAUACGAUACUUGCCAUAUUCCUGCUUUCCCUAUGGGGUUUGACCAAUGCGCUUGCAACUCAGCCUCAACGGCCUCUUGGGGAGUCUCUGUCUGAAACGCAGGAAUUGCUCGACUUCGCAACCGAUCUCGGAGAAAGCGAUGCGAGGGGCGUGGACUCGUGGAGCUUGGAGGCUCCUGCCCAGACUUUGCAGAACCUGUUGGAUGCAUUGAAUGUUAUGCAGGAUGGAUACUUUUGUAUGUGGCUGGGUACAUGGCCUACUAGUAUUGACUGGACUGCGGCUGUUCUUAGUACACAUGUCAGCGCGUCACUGUCAUCCUUUACCUCCUACGGCCUUGGCGCUGAUGCAGAGCAACCCCACAACCAGUCAUCCCUCGCGCUUGAGAACACAGUCAAUCGGUUUUUCAGCCAGCUUAACACCUUUUACUUUGGCGAGAAUGCUUUUGAGUUACGGAAUCAGGCCUACGAUGACAUGCUCUGGGUGGUAUUGAACUGGCUGGAGAAUAUCAAAUUCCAAGACCUACACACCGAGCUACACUAUACACCGAACAUAUCUUCUGGGUCAGCAUGGUAUGGCACUCAAUUCCGCGACUCGGCUGCACACCGAGCGCGGAUCUUCUACGAGCUUGCCUCGGCGGGAUGGGACAAAACCCUCUGCGAUGGGGGAAUGAUCUGGAAUCCUUCCCUCACGCCAUACAAAAACGCCAUUACAAACGAGCUCUUUAUCUCCGCAAGCAUUGCAAUGUACCUAUACUUCCCAGGCGAUCCCAUUGACGCCCCAUUCUUGACCACCCAAGACACAGCCUCUGGCAUACACAACCCCAUCCACCUGAAAGCAGCAGUCGAUGGGUAUACUUGGCUCCGGGAUUCCAACAUGACCGGCAUAUACGGCCUCUACGCCGACGGCUUCCACAUCAGCGGCUGGCGCAGCGCGUCGAAUCCGGGCACGCGGAAAUGCGACGUGCUGAACACAAUGGUCUUCACAUACAACCAAGGCGUCAUCCUCAGCGGGCUGAGAGGUCUCUGGCUGGCUACCGGCUCGCAGGAUUAUCUCCGUGAUGGCCACGAACUUAUUCACAAAGUCCUUCGCGCUACAGGUUGGCCGAGGACUUCAUCUACCAAUUGGGCUGGACUAGGACGUGGUGGUGUCCUCGAAGAUACGUGCGACUCGCACGCCAGUUGCUCGCAGGAUGGGCAGACUUUCAAGGGAAUAUUUUUCCACCAUUUGACGGAAUUCUGUCGCCCGCUCCGGCCACAGGAGAAACAAUUCCUGGCUGAGACGCGACGACCUGUUGCAGAUGAGAACUGGGAGCAGGUCUUCCGUCGCCAUUUGAAUCGAUGCCGAGCCUAUGGACCAUGGAUCGAGCACAAUGCCCGUGCGGUAUUGAUGACCCGGGACGACGAUGGAAAGUUUGGUAUGUGGUGGGGGAUACCAUUCUCGUCCAUCCUAGCCGAUGAAGUUGUGGAUAGCAGUACUCUCCCAGAAGGCGCGGUGGACUACCGCAACGGCAAUAUGGAUGACGGGACCUCGGCAGUGGGCGUACCACGGGACUUUAACGAUCGUGGCCGUGGUCGUACAGUUGAGACACAGUCCGGCGGCGUCGCGGUACUCCGGGCUUUGUUCCAGUGGCAGACAAGUGUCCUUUCAUAA